CAGCAUCUGAUUGGACUUACGCACAUGUGUCUGUCAUUUAACCAUCAGGGAGGAGAGAGAAGCCCUGUCUCUCUGCUCCAACUCUCAUCUGCACACAGCUGGAGCUCCUGUCCCCUCGCGCACCAGCGAGCCGCGCGCUUUACCUGCAAACUGCACUUUCUCCAACCCAGACUGCCUCCCAGGAUGUACCGAGCUUUACUAUUCGCGGUCCUGGUUCUGGUGCUGGAACCUCGGUUCACCCAAUCCAGCUGUCAGGAUGAGGAAACGCACAGAGCAGUCUCAGAUGAGGAUCCCAGUUUUCGUCUCUCGUCGCGGAACUUCCCCAAGCGGUAUAACGACAUCGACUACGACAGUUUUGUGGGUUUAAUGGGGCGGAGGAAUGCAGAUGCUGAUGAUGUGCCGUCUCCACGCAAACGAGAAAUGCACGACAUCUUCGUGGGGCUGAUGGGGCGGCGGAGCAGCGAUGCUGAUACUGGGCGUCCGUGGAGGAGAGAGCUGCCAGAGACCAGAGGCUUAUUCUUUAACAAGUGCAGACUGAGAUUUCGUCGUGGGUUAUAGACCGAGCCGCUCCUCCACGCCCCUUUGGACCAUCUGUACCGUUUUCUCACAAGAUGAAUCCUUUUCAUGCCUCACUUUGGUGCAGAAAAAGAGCAAAAGAGUUUAAUUAAAGCAAUUAUUUAACUGAGAUUUAUCCAAUUUAUUCAAAGAUGAUUUUUGAUUUACGUUUACCUGCAACUACCAAUGAUAUAGAUUGUAUAUACCAGUAGACAGACGUCUCCAGAUACAUUCUCUGUAUUUGAGUAUAUUUGUUUACCAGUUAUUUUUGCUUUCUAAUGUAAAAAAACAUGAUUUUUUUGUAAAUAAAGACAUUAUUUAAUUGA